AUGCCACCUUCUCCUUCAGUGAUUUCCGAAGGAACUACGGUUGUUCCUCAACAUGUUAUUGUUCACCCAUUGGUCUUGCUUUCUGCAGUGGACUCUUAUAUUCGUUCAGCACAAGGAACGAAACGUAGAGUUGUUGGCAUUCUCUUAGGACAAAACAAUGGUACAGUUGUCAAUGUUGCCAACAGUUAUGCGAUCCCAUUUGAGGAAGAUGAAAAGAACUCUUCUGUAUGGUUUUUGGAUCACAAUUUUAUGGAAUCGAUGAACGAAAUGUUUAAAAAGAUUAACGCUAACGAAAAACUUAUCGGUUGGUACCAUACCGGUCCUCAAUUACGUCCAUCUGAUUUGGAAAUCAAUAAUUUACUUAAGAAGUACAUUCCCAAUCCUGUGCUUGUGAUUAUUGAUGUCAAGCCCAAAUCUGUUGGAUUGCCAACCAACGCUUAUUUUGCUAUUGAUGAAAUCAAGGAUGAUGGCUCAAAAUCUAGUAGAACUUUUGUUCACCUUCCUUCUAGCAUUGAAGCCGAGGAGGCCGAAGAAAUUGGUGUUGAGCAUCUUUUACGUGAUACUAGAGAUGUUUCUGUCGGUACUCUUGCUACUCGUGUCACUCAGCAAGCUCAAUCUCUGCAAGGCCUUGGUCAGCGCUUAACCGAAAUUGCCGACUAUCUUCGAAAGGUUGUGGGCGGUCAACUUCCACUUAACCAUGCAAUCUUGGCUGAACUUCAGGGCGUGUUUAACCUUUUACCCAACGUUUUCUCCGGACCCGUAUCCUCUGAACAAGUUUUGCAAACGGAGGCUCAACGUGCUUUUAAUAUUAACUCCAAUGAUCAGUUAAUGAGUAUUUAUAUUUCUAGCAUCGUUCGUGCCGUCAUUGCUCUACAUGAUCUUUUGGAUUCCCUUGCUGCAAGCAAAACCGUUGAACAACAAGAGAUCAAACCACUUCUGCAACAAGAAGAAUCUGCAGCUGCACAUGCUGAGCAGAAGCUGUAA